CACCACUUUGAUCCCGUUUCCUCGCCUCCAAGUCAUCGAGCGACUCAUGCUGCACGCUUUACGACCUCUCUAGUGCUCCCCGUGCCCCUUGACUGCUUCGCAAGUCUCGGUCAAGAUGACGGCAGACCCAUCGACUGCAGAUGUAUCACCCGCGUCGCGCAACCUGGACGGCCUGAUGAAGCAUGAAAUAUACUGGCGCGAUCGGCAGCCAUGGUUGGAAGAGCAUGGAUACAUGUUGCGCCCGCGAUAUAGACCAGGAUGGAAACCGUCCGAGAGUGGAGCAAACGAAUCCUACACAUUCCACGAAGAUAGUCACUGGUCAUUAGUCUCUUCCAUCAUGGACGCCACCAAAGUAGCUGAUGGAUCCUUGGUCACAAUGAAGAAAAUCAAGUCCGACACUCAUCCGCACGAACUAGAGAUCGGACAGUUUCUCUCGUCUGACCAGAUCACCUCCGACCCACGCAAUCACUGCGUGCGCGUCCUGGACGUCCUAACUGAUCCAUCCGAACCCAAUGUCUCUAUCAUAGUCAUGCCUUAUCUCAGGGAUUUCGACGAUCCGGGCUUUCUGACCUUUGGAGAGGCGGUUGCUUGUUUCAAGCAGUUGAUUGAGGGAUUGCGUGUCAUGCAUGAAAACAACGUCGCCCACCGAGACAUUUCUACCAUGAAUGUCAUGAUGGACGCGGCCGCGAUGUAUCCUGACCUAUGGCACCCUCAGGUACCGAGCUACAAGUACGAUUACUCUGGGAUUGCAAAACACUAUAGUCGAACAGAGCGACCACCCAGAUACUACUAUAUCGACUUCGGGCUUUCGCGCAAGUACGAUCCCAGUGCUGGUCCCCCGGAAGAACUUCCUAUUAUUGGCGGCGACAAAACUGUCCCUGAAUUUCAGGGAGAGGGUUACGACAAGCCUGCCAAUCCUUUCCGUACGGACGUCUACUACCUCGGCAAUCUCAUGCGAACUAAGUUUGUGGAUAAAUACCGAGGAUUCGAGUUCAUCCAGCUUCUGGUCGCAGACAUGGUGCAAAACGAUCCGGCGAAGCGACCCACCAUCGCCGAAGUGGAAGCCCGAUUCGACGAGAGCUUCCAGGGACUCUCAGAUUGGAAGCUGCGGUCGAGGUUGGUGCGGAGAAACGAGAGUUUCAUUGUGCGGGCGAUCUACGGCAUAGGACACAUCUUCCGGACAGCGAAAUACGUCGCGAAGCAGUUGCCUCCUGUACCCACUCCGUCUUCAUGAUCUACGUGCUCGAUUCGAUCUCGCUUGGAUGUACUCACAAUACCCUCUACACUGUCGCCGCUUUCCGAGUCUGCUGUCGUUCAAGGUUUUGGGACUUUAUUUUGUCGCAGGCUUCGCUGAGUAGCCUGUCAUCUUGUUAUAGGCACAGUGUCAUUUACACCCGCCCCCGGGCCAUCGAUACCCGUCGAUGGGAUAGGUACAGCUCCGUCGUGCCUGCAUUAGGCUCAGCGUGCGAACAGGAAUACAACACUUUCCGC